GUAUUGGAGAGUGGGCCUGAUGGUCGGAGGUCGGCUACGGAGCCAUGAAUAUUUUGCCCAAGAAGAGCUGGCACGUCCGGAACAAGGACAAUGUCGCCCGUGUGCGGCGCGACGAGGCCCAGGCCCGGGAGGAGGAGAAGGAGCGUGAGCGGAGGGUGUUGCUCGCUCAACAAGAGGCCCGAACAGAAUUCUUACGGAAGAAAGCCAGGCGCCAGAACUCACUGCCUGAACUGGAAGCAGCAGAUGCAGGAGUUCCAAGUUCUGGCCCUGUGGACCUGUUUAAGGAGCUGCUGGAAGAAGGGAAAGGAGUUUCCAGAGGCAAUAAAGAGCAUGAGGAAGAGAAGCGACAGGAGAAGGAGAGGCAAGAGAAAGCACUAGGCAUCCUGACGUACUUGGGCCAGAGUGCAGCAGAGGCCCAAACUCAACCUCCUUGGUACCAGCUCCCCCCAGGGAAAGGGGGCUGCCCUCCAGGCCCAAGCCCAGAUGAGAAGAUCAAGAAUCGGUUGGACCCAUUGAGGGAGAUGCAGAAGCACCUGGGAAAGAAAAGGCACAGCAGCGAAAGCCGUCCUUCUAGAGAAGAGAGGCCUCAGAAACAACGGCCCAGAGAGCCACCUUCCCUACAAGAGCUCCGAGCUGAGCGUCUUCAGCGAGAAGCAGCUGAGAGGGCUCGAACAGAGGCCCUGCUGGCCCGUGUACAAGGCCGAGCAUCCCAACAAGGUCAGGUGGAAGUGGAAGAGACAGAUGAACGGAGGCGGCGGUACAACUCCCAGUUCAACCCUCAGCUGGCCCGGCGCCCCCGCCAGCAGAACCCCACUCCUGCACACUAACUCUUGGGGGAACA